AGCACGGACCUGUCCUACAUCCACCAGGGAGAAAGGGCCCUGCAGCGAGCGCUGGGCAUCCUGCAGCAGCCACACUGCUGGCAGCCAGAGGCCAACGCAGAGGCUGCCAUGUCCAGCACCGCGCUGCCGGGGCUGGGCCGCGUCUUUCGGGCCGAGGCGGUGCUGGCGGUGCCUGUGGGCAGGCUGCAGGGUGAGCUGUUUGAGCGGCUGGAGGAGAUGCCCCGCUGGAACCCCAGCCUCAGCCACGUGGAGGUGCUCUGCCGCCCAGGUGAGGACACGCUGGUGACGCACGAGGUGACGGCUGCCAGCCCAGUGGGACGCAGGGACUUCGUCAGCACGCGGCACCGCAGCAGGACGCGGGCAGCCAUCUACCUGGUGGGCACCACUGCCCACCUCGAGCAGCCACCCGCACCACAGGGCUGCGUCAGGGCUGAGACACGGCUGAGCUGUAUUGUGCUGCAACCGCUGCCAGGCAACCCAAGCUGCACACGUGUCACAUGGCUGCUCAGCAUGGACCUGAAGGGCUGGAUCCCCACCUCGGUCACCAACCGCGUCCUGCCACAGUGUCAGGCCAAGUUCAUCGGGCACCUCCGCCAGCACCUCUCCUCCACUGCCUCUCUCUGACCCCAGCACAGUUAUUCAUUUGUGGAGA